GUCCCUCUCUCUAUCUCUCCCUCUUUUAUUAAUCAAAGGGUAAACUGUAAUCACCUUCUUCCUCCUUCUCCAUAUUAAUCAACCACACGAGAAUACUCCUUUUUAACACUUCACUUUUUCCCCCCUCUCUACUACUACUUACUACUUCUUCAUCUUCAUCAUCAUCUUCCUCUCUCUCUCUCUCUUCUCUCUCUCUCUUUUUCUUCUUUAACUUAGCUUUUUUUUCUUCCCUCUCUCUUUGUGUGCCUCUUUUUGCAGGAAGAAUAUGAGAAAGAAACACACUGUGCCACCACUCAUCUCAACUUGGUAGGUAGCUCUUGUGUGUGGUUGAGAAAGAAACUUUACUUGUAAUAGAGAGAGAGAGAAGGGGGGAAAGAGAAAGAGAGAGAAAGAGAGAGAGAGUGUUACAUACACACGCACGCACAUAAAAAUUGGAUUUUUAGAAGUGGGGGGAGUUGAAAGUUUGUCUUUGUGGAAGAAAGUAGCAAUCUUUUUCCCUUGUUUGCUGGUUUGCCAUGGAUGGUUACGAAGCAACUAGGAUAGUGUUCUCAAGGAUCCAAAGCAUGGACCCUGAAAACGCUUCAAAAAUCAUGGGUCUUCUUCUGAUUCAAGACCAUGGUGAGAAGGAGAUGAUUAGGUUAGCAUUUGGACCAGAAGCUUUACUUCACUCUGUGAUUUCCAAAGCUAGAAAAGACUUAGGUUUACCUUCAAACUCUCCUCCUACACCUUCAACUCCACCAUCUCCAUCACCUUUUCUUUCAGCUUCUACCAACCCGGUUAACAUUUCAAGGCAGAACUCAACUUCUUCUUCUUCAAGGCUUGGUAGUGGGAUGAACCUUCCACCUGCUCUAACCAUACCAAACCCUUCUUCUUCUUCAGCUUCUUGGGCUGCCAUGUCUGACCUUCAAAACCCUGAGGACUUGAUGAGUCCUAACAACUUGGUUGUUGGUUCUUCUUCCACAACUUCAUCUUCUCUACCCUUUUAUGCAAAUGGAGGGUCAGAUCCAAUUGAUGAGUACCAGUUACAGGACCAGCUUUCAUUCUUGAACGAUGGUUCUCCAAAUUCUACUCUUGCUGCGGCUGCUUGUGGUGGUUCACACCAUAACAAGAGCCAUGAUUUGUUCUACCCUCACUCAGACAUGGCUUCUAGUCCUACUGGUGCUGGUGACCCCUCUUUGUUCCCUUCUUAUGGCUGGGGAGGGCCUCUUCAUAGGAGAAGUUGUUCAGUGAAUGAUGCAUGUUUGGCUUCAGAGGAUCCCAAUUCCGGGUUUGGUUGGAAGCCUUGUCUUUACUUUGCUAGAGGGUACUGCAAGAAUGGCACUAGCUGCAGGUUCCUCCAUGGUGGUGGACUUGGAGAAGCUGAUGGUGCUGCUGCUGCUGCUGCAAUGGUUGGUUCUCCAAGCAAGAUUGAGAUGAUGGAGCAGUGUCAUGAACUUCUCAGAUCUAAAACUGCUCAGCAACAAAGAUUUGCUGCUGCUUCUCAACUCAUGGCAUCUUCAAGCUUUCCUUACUCUUCAAAGUGCAUGAAUUUCCUCUUACAACAACAGCAGCAGCAGCAGCAAAAUGAUACUCAAAGGGCUGCGGCUGCGGCUUUGAUGAUGAGCGAGGACUUGCACAAAUUCGGAAGAUCGAGGCUUGAAAGGAGUGACUUCUCUCUGAACAGCCCUGGCAUGGUCAACCCAGCUUCCAGGCAGAUCUAUUUGACUUUCCCAGCUGACAGCACUUUUAGAGAGGAAGAUGUUUCCAACUACUUCAGCAUUUAUGGGCCAGUUCAAGAUGUGAGAAUCCCAUACCAGCAGAAGCGCAUGUUCGGAUUUGUUACAUUCGUUUAUCCGGAGACUGUGAAGCUCAUUCUCUCAAAAGGGAACCCUCAUUUUGUGUGUGAUGCAAGAGUGCUUGUUAAGCCUUACAAGGAGAAGGGCAAAGUUCCAGACAAGUACAGGAAGCAACAGCAACAGGUAGAUAGGGAUUUUUCACCGUGUGGCACUCCUACUGGACUAGAUGCUAGAGACCAAUAUGAUCUCCAACUAGGAGGGAGAAUGUUCUACAACACUCAAGACAUGCUUUGGAGGAGGAAGAUGGAGGAGCAGGCUGAUUUGCAGCAAGCUCUUGAGCUCCAAAGUAGGAGGUUGAUGGGUCUGCAGCUCCUUGACAUCAAGAAGCAGCACCAUCAUCGCGCCCUCUCCGCCGGAAGUCCGAUACCAUCCCCAACACACUCUCCUAACAUGUUCAACCAAACUCUUGUUCAUCAUUCGUUUCACGGCACCCCGGAUUCACCGGAGGAGAAUGGAUCAGCUUCUGCUCCAAGUAGCACAGCACCGGUUUCGGUUAUUGGUCAACAGACAGUCAACAUAUCUGUUGGCAAGGAAGUUGGAACCAAUAAUGGAGAGAAUGGAUAUAGUGAUGGCAAUGGCAAUGGCAAGCAAAGUUCAAGUCAUGAAGACAGUGAUCUACAAGAAUGUUUGGAGCAUAAUCUCCCUGAUAGCCCUUUUGCUUCACCUACAAAAGCUGCUGUUGGGGAUUACAUGGCUGCCUUCAACAAUGGACCUAAUGAGGCCAUUGAUGCAGAUCCCUCAGCUUCUUCUGCCAACUCCAAAUUUGGAACUAGCUCUCUACUUCCAUCAGCAUCUGCUCUUGACAUGGGUUCAUUCAAAUCCUUUAACUGCCAAAUACCUAGGUUCUCUUCUGGCCAUGGAACUAUCGGGAUGUUAGCCGGGACCGGCGGCGCCAUCGGCAUUUAGUACCCCGUUCCCCCGAGUAUUUUCGGGUAUUAACUUCGGACCCUUUUAUGAAGAGAAGAAACACAAACAAAUCUUGUAGAGAAUCACCAGCACCGUGGCCAUCACCAUCAAUCAUCAAUACUAUACUACUUACUACCAUACAAAAUGCAUACGUAAAAAGCAGUUUCAGUAAAGGAAAGUGGGGCAUGUGUUCCUUCUUUUCUUUUGGUAGCAUUAUUGUACCAUUUUCUUUUCUUUUCUUCUUUUUCAUUUCUGUAGUAAGCUGAACCACAGGUCUAAAAAAAAUAACACAGUUAAAAAAAAAAGGAAUCAAGAGUCUCCAAUGUGUAGUAGUGUAACUCCUGGCAGUGUAAUUUUCUUCUUUUAUCUUUUAUUCCCCUCCCUUUAUCAUUGGAGGAUGAUGUAGUUGUUAUUAGAAGAUAUCCUCUUUAGUGUCCUAUGUUGCCAUCACAGGUAAAAUUUCUAAAUUCUAAGUCCUUAUAUUAAUGUACAGCUGAAGCAUAACUCAGUAAGAAAGAAAAGAGAGCAUGCAUGCAAAUUAAAGUUGGAGUUUGUAUAACUACAAGGCUGAUUGAUUCAAAUCCCACCUACCCCAUGAUGGGAAAUUUGAGUUUCAAGGCCAGGAGUGAGUGAGUGAGAAAAAAAAGGAAUAUGUAUAAUUUGUUAAUCUUAUUAUAUUAGUAGCUGGGAAGGGUGUUUUUUUUUUUGUUUUUUAAAGUUCCAAUAUUUCUGUUGCAGAUUUUAUGUUUGUACUUGUAUCACUGCUCUACUUAGUUGUUACACAGAGUUAUGAAACCCCUCCUUAGAUUACCAGAAGACAAAGAAAAGAGAAAGAUUUUAGAAAAAAAAAGGAAGAAUGAAUCAAAAGUGAGUUUCUUUAA